AUGAAUUACAAAAGUGAUCAAUAUUGGGCUCCAAGGCUGCUCCAGUCAAUAUUUUCUGCAGUUGGUGAUCUCUACUUAUAUAAACUCUCUCGCCUUCUUUUUGGCAAUCGUGUCGCUAAAUGGGCAUUAUUUUCAGAGUUGACAAACUGGUUUAUGUUCUUCUGUAUUACACGGACAUUAUCAAACAGUUUGGAAACUGUCCUUACAAUCAUUGGGCUGUAUUACUGGCCAUGUGUGAGAGUUUCAUCCAGGAGGGAUGACUCGUCGAUGAGGAUAUGGGGUGUGGUAGUGGCAGCAUUUGCAUGUGUAAUUAGACCAACAAGUGCCAUUAUAUGGAUGUAUGUUGGCCUUCUAGAACUUUUUUUGGCCCGCGACAGAAUGAGAUUCAUUUUUUUGGAGGUUCUUCCUGUUGGGGUGCUGGUGCUUGGACUGGCAACUUUACUUGAUCGGCUAGUCUACGGCUCAUGGGUUUUAGUACCUCUGAACUUCCUCGUGUUCAAUUUUCUUUCUUCCGGAGGGGACUACUAUGGAACACACAAGUGGCAUUGGUACUUUACUCAGGGAUUCACAGUGAUGCUCUUUACAUUUUUGCCGUUCUCCUUGGCUGGCACCAUCAUGUCCAGAAAUUGGAGGCUUUCUGGGCUUAUUGCCUGGGUUUUAGUACUUUACAGUGUACUGGGCCACAAAGAAUUCAGAUUUGUUCUCCCUGUGCUUCCGAUAACCUUGAUGUUCUCGGGAUUUUCUCUAGCUGCAAUAUCGACAAACUACAGUUCUGAUAACAAGACAGCAGAAGCUUCAAAACAUCACACUAAAUGCCCCUCAAGAAUGCGAUGGGCCAUCUUCUUCUUGCUUGCAACUAACAUUCCUAUGGCCUUGUACAUGAGCUUAGUUCAUCAGAGAGGAUCUGAGGAUGUGAUGAACUUUCUUUCGAGAGAAGCUGCAAAAGAUAGAGUGAAAAGUAUCCUUUUCCUUAUGCCCUGCCAUGCCACACCUUACUAUUCAACACUUCAUCAGGACCUGCCCAUGGAUUUCUUGGACUGCUCACCAAGUGAAGAGAGGGGUGUUCCGGAUGAGUCAGACCGAUUUAUGAUGGAUCCUGUGGGGUUUACCAAAGAGCUUGCAAAUGAUUGGUCACCACCAAGUCACAUAGUGUUAUUCGAAUCAGAAGAAAGAGUUUUGAGGGAAUUUUUGCUGUUGCAUUCUUUCAAAGAGGUAGAUACCAACUUCAACUUCAACACCUACUAUCUUAAUGAUGACUCGAGCUAUCCAUUAUCGCAGGUCAAGAGAUUCUUCCAUGCUCACUUCAAGGUGGAUCGUGACCUCCAAUCGUCAGUGGUUGUCUAUGCUUUGACAGGUCAAUGAGAUAUGUGCUCAUGCAUUUGUUAUUCGAGUUUUCUGUAAGUCUGAAGUGUUUUUUGUUCACAUCCUAUUUUCACUUUGCUUGAGAAACUCAUCUGUUUUUUAGAGUGUGAACACUGAUCAGAAUGUGUUGGCAAUUCCUAGGCUUUGAAGAAAUUUACACGAAGUAAUUCUGCCUUUA